AUGCAAGAAGAGCUUGUCGCUUGUGAUCAAACUGCAGUAACCAGGUCCGGCCAGAGUGUUUUCAUGUCUGUUUUCCGGACAAAGAUAGCCGACCAGUGCCGUUUGAUCACCGUCACUUGGUGCAAGAAUCUCCUGCUUAAUGGUCUCUCGGUAUCAGUCUCAGGCCCCGAAGGAGAGAAUCAAUACACCUGCAAAAUGGAGCUCAAACCAUGGUAUUUUUGGAAGAAACAAGGCUCCAGACACUUCAUCAUCGAUGGUGAUAAAGCUGUAAAUGUCUUCUGGGACCUCAAAACAGCCAAAUUCAAUGGAGAAACCGAACCCAGUUCGGAGUACUACGUUGCUGUCGUCUGCGAUGAAGAAGUCGUUUUACUCGUCGGAGAUCUAAAGAAAGAGGCUUAUCGGAAAACUGGUUGCAGGCCUGCACUUAUAGACCCCAUCUUAGUUUCAAGAAAAGAACAUGUAUUUGGGAGAAAAAGAUUCAGCUCGAGGAUCAAACUUGAUGAUGAGAAGAGUAUGUUCCAUGAGAUCUCGAUCGAGUGUAAGAACAAGGUUGAGCCCGAAAUGGAGAUGAGAAUCGAUAACCAAUUGGUGCUUCACGUGAAGCAUCUUCAAUGGAAGUUCAGAGGAAACGAAACUUUUCAAGUGAACAAGACGAGAGUUGAAGUCUACUGGGAUGUUCAUGACUGGCUUUUCAGUCCUGGGUUAAGGCGUGCAUUGUUUAUAUUCAAGCCUGUUUUGUCAUCGUCGUCUCCGUGUGGAAACACCGUUAUUUCAGCUGAGUUCUGUUUGCUUCUUUAUGCAUGGAAGAUUGAAUGA